AUGCGCUCCUCAGCUGCUGCAGUCAAGCGCCGGCGCAGCAACGAGACCGCCGCUUCAAGACGUGGGCGAGCAAGAACCACGUCUGCCCGCUCCUCCAGUCGAGCAGACUCCCGGCAAUCCUCAGUCUCCCGUGGCUCAUACAACGCACAGUGGCAGUUGCGCAAUGCCCUCCCUCGCACGCCUUCAUAUGCAUCAAGCUCUACCGCUCGCGGCGGCAUUGACCGCCAUGUGGUGCAUGUGGGUGACUCUCGAAGCGUGGCGAGCACGCAGCUGCCGGUCGACGACAUCGACAUCUUCGACGACGAAAGCUUGAACGAGGUCGCUAUGGCAGUGAAUGUCACGGAUCUGAAGCUCUUUAUUGAUCCCACCGUGAUCCUAACCUCAACAAAGUGCAACGCAGAGACUAUCAGUCGUCUCGAUCCAGAAAUGCGAGACGCUCAUCUGAGAGCUGCCUCAGCUGAUGGCCCCAGCGACCAGAGCAGCCUUCCAUAUCUGUUGGAGUGUCGACCGAACGCUGAAUUCGGCUACGACUCUGCGAGAAAUAAGCUCGUGAAUCUCCGUAUCGGCCAGUCUGGCGGGCCGUCAGUCACCUUCACCGUGCCUGGAGACGUAAUGACCCAGCAUGAUGACCGCCAAUCAUCCGACAAUGGCUUUCAUGGUGGUCAAGCCUCCUUGCUUCGUCUAUCUGGCUGGGUCAACAUGGAGAGUCGUUUCACCGUUGGCUGUGCAGGUGCUGUGCUCGCCUACCUGCAGCGCAGAAGAGCUACUACCUAUCUGCCUGGAGACAGAGAUGCAGAGUCCAUGUUCAGAGUCGCUCGAGUUGAGAUGUUCAGCCUGAAGGACUCCAUGUUUGUCAAUGCUGACACUUUGCUUUCCCUUCAAAUCACUACGACCGAGUCACAUCCAAAUGCUCAGCAGCAAGGACCUGCGAAAUCCGGAGGAUCGAAAGAAGGUCUUUCUGUAUACGGCCUCUUCCACCCUCUGGCCAAGACCCAGCAAGGAAGACAUACGCUACGACAGAUAUUCCUCCGCCCCAGCAUGAACAUGGAAAUCAUCAACGAGCGUCACAAUACCUUGAGCCUUUUCCUGCAACCAGAGAACGACAAUGUCCUUGAUCGCCUAUCGAAAACAUUGAAAGGCGUCAAGAAUAUGCGUAUCGUGACAACCAACCUGCGCAAAGGCAACAGCAGCGGACCAGACAACAGGGGCAAGGCGAUUCCCGCCUCAGCUUGGUACAGUCUGCAUGGGUUCUUGUAUUGCUGCCUCAGUAUACUUGAUGCUCUGGCUGAUAUGCCUGGAGCUACACACCUUGCGCUCCACCACAAAGUCGAGGAGAAGUUUGAUCGGCAGCGUAUUGCAGAAGUCGGUCAGUACAUCGCUGAAGUGAUCGACUUCGAGGGAUCAAAGGUGGAGAAGCGUACCGUCAUCAUGCCUGGAGUAAGCGCUGAGCUCGAUGAGCUUCGAAGAUCCUGGGCUGGAAUCGACGACAUGCUUUCUGAGGUCGCUGUGGUCAUUGCGAACUUGGUUCCUACUGACAUCCGCAGCCAGCUCAACGUCAUCUUCUUUCCACAGAUUGGCUUCUUGAUCUCAAUUUGCCACGAAGCAGACGAUGUGCCGGUUCCCUAUGCCGGUACCGAUGACGACCCUUGGGAGAAGAUGUUUCACUCUACAGACGCAUCAUAUUACAAGAAUGCUCACAUGACGGAGAUGGACGAGCAAUUCGGAGAUAUCCACGGCCAAAUCAUCGACCUGGAAAUUGAAAUCGUGCAAAUGCUCGCACAGCGUGUACUGGAGUAUGAAGACCUAAUCGUCUCCUGUUCCGAAGUAUGCGGUGAAGUCGAUGCUCUCGUCGCUUUGACUCAAGGUGCCAAGCUGUACAAUCUCGUCAGACCCCAAAUGAUCGAUGACAAUAUCAUCAAGAUCAAGGAAGGCCGACACAUAUUGCAAGAACUCACCGUACCAACCUUCGUACCAAACGACACCUGCCUCGUCGGCGGAAAUGGGGAUGAACAGGAAUCCUCUCCCCACAGAUCUCGAGAUCCACGAACCCAACCCUUACAAGGCCCGAACAUGAUCAUCCUCACAGGACCCAACUACUCAGGCAAAAGCAUCUACCUCAAACAAGUCGCCAUAAUCGUCUUCAUGGCCCACAUCGGCUCCUUCGUCCCCGCCUCCUCCGCCAAAAUCGGUCUUACAGACAAAAUUCUCACACGAAUCGCAACCCGAGAAUCCGUCUCCCGAAUUCAAAGCGCCUUCAUGAUCGACCUCCAACAAGCUUCCAUAGCUCUCAACCUCGCAACCCGCCGAAGCCUUGUCAUAAUCGACGAAUUCGGAAAAGGAACAGAUUCCAACGAUGGAGCAGGUUUAGCAGCAGGAGUUUUCGAACAUUUACUCCAGCGCUCGCCGAACUGUCCGAAAGUUUUGGGAGCGACACAUUUUCACGAGAUCUUUGAAUCUGGCUUCUUGUCUCCUCGGCCGGGGUUGGGAUUGGCGUUUGCGCAUAUGGAGAUCCAACUCGAUUCAUCGGAGAAUAGGAGGGGAAAGCAAAUUACGUUCCUGUACAAUCUUCGUUCGGGAAGGAGCACGCAGAGCUUCGGCACGGCUUGUGCGGCGAUGAAUGGGAUUGAUCGAGAAGUUGUAGAGAGAGCGGAGGAAUUGAAUCUUUUGGCGAGUAGGGGUGAGGAUCUUGUUGAGGCUUGUGCGAAGAUGCCGGAGGGGGAGUUGAUGGAACUCGAGGAUGCUGAGAAUGUUGCGAGGCGGCUUUUGAUGAUGGAUGAGUUUGAAGACCCGAGGGAGAUUCUUGAAGAGCUGGUGACGACAGUAACGGAUAGUGGGACGACGAAGGGGAGUAUCACGGAGUCGUGACGAGCUGCGUUGUUUGCGAGAGACAGUGUGCCGGAGGAAAUUUGGUUGGUUGCUUUGCUACUAUAGGAGAGCAUUUGCUAAGAGAACAGGACUUCGUGAAAGCAUGCGACAUGGACAUCCUGCUUUUGGCCCGACCGAGAAGGAGCGCUCGUAACGCAAUGCUUUUUAACAAUGUCUCGAGCCUACUUCAGGCUUGUUGUCGCCAAUGGCAGGCACUUUGAUCGGCACAUUAGCGAUUCUGCAGAGAACCCUCUAUAAAUGUCUCAUGCCAUGUCAAACUCUGUCGAUCAGCCGGAAGACCCGGCCAUGGUAGAAAUGCAGACCUCACUUUGU